ACAAAGCCGACUGGGUGCCUUUUUAGCACCACACGCUCGCGCGUGAGAACGCCGACGGCUCGGUUCCAACAGCUACCGCAAAUCCGGUCCCGGAGUGAAGGCACAGUCUCAUUAUUGGAAUACAAUACAAAAUAUGAUAAACGAAGGAUUUAUCCGAACGGGGCUGACUGGGGAUCGAAUCGGAUCUUUUGGCUGGUUAUUUACUAGGUGUCCGACUGGAAUGCAUAUUAUGGUGUAUGUUUCAAUUGACGAAUGAAUGUUGUGCGUCAACUUCGCAUUGCUGCCGCCUUGUUUUGGUGACUUUGAGGAAUCUAUACAUUUUGAAUGCUCACUCCGAUGAGAGCAAAUGGAAUCGUGCGUUAGGGUCAUCCUCCUAUCUCUCUCAUAAGGGGGGCAGGUCUCCCUUGUGUUUGAGACAUUCCAUUUCAAUGGCAUCCCCUGUACAGUAUACUUAAAGAAUAGGAGAAUAACGAGGAUAUCAACAUCUAGCUCCAUCCCACACCACAUGCCAUGGAUCCCCUACCAGAGUACUCCCUGUUCCUUGUCCGGAUCCUGGAGGAACUAGACACUAAACACAGUAGUGUGUCCUACCAGGACCUCUGUAAGUCCCUGUGUGCCCGCUUUGACCUGGUCCACUUGGCCAAGCUACGGAGCCUUCUGUUCUACACAGCCUGCCUGGACCCAGCCUUCCCUGCCACUCUCUUCAAAGACAAGAUGAGAUGUACUGUUGAGGACCAGCAGUCUAAGAAACUCAUGGUGGCAGCGGAUAUCGUCACUAUGUUUAACCUAAUCCAAAUGAACGGGGGGAUCGCCAAAGAUAAGCUCCCGAUGGCACCACCGAGGCCCAAAUUCCACAAGAACCAGUCGUUUGAGUCAUGUAGGUCCGACACUGAUGUUUAUAAGUACCAGGACUAUGAGAGGGGCGGCGGUUAUGACCUCAUGGAUCAACCCUCCAGGGCGGGUCACCACCCCCACCAUCGCCCCAUGUCCCAAAACAACUCCUCCCACCCCUGCCCACACCCCCAUCUCCACUCCGCCAACUGCAGAUCCAACUGCAGCCCGCAGUUUAUCCCGACUUCUGACCCUAACUUCCUAUUGGGCGUCAACAAGGAUCUAAAAUGUCGAGCAGCAUCGCUAGAUAAGCUGCAGCACCUGCCCCAGUACUCGAGCUGCAGUCCUCCCUCGCCGCCCUGCGAGAUGCAGAGCACCUACUUUCCCAUAGACAUUGACAGUGAGUCCACCACAGACCAGGAGUCCCUGCAACACAUCAACCACACGGAGCCCUUCUCUGUCCACUCCUGUGUCCAGAAGAGAAACAUCUUCAAGGAGGAUUUUCACAACCUGCUAGCGUUCUCCCCACAGGUCAUCACCUCAGAGUGCAAGCCAAACAUCAGGGCAACUGGAGGCUACCACCGGAGAGAGCUCCACAAACCUGCCACGUUCUUCAACCACAGCUUCGAGCUGCCCUACAGUAACCCCUACUUUGAGCCUACUAUGAACUCGCCCAUUCAGGAGAAACGGCGAGCGAAGCACGAGAGUCUGGACGACCUUCAAGCGUCUACGUAUUUCGGCCCAACGACAGUGACGGAGUGCGUGAACACACGGAGGAGUACGGCUAGGCCGGGGAAGCAGCCAAUUUGGCCCGUGAAAAGCCUGAGUCUCAACGCUGAAGAAGGGCCACCGGAUUUCGAGAGGUCAUUUCUGAAUGGGAAACCGCUGAAAGACAAUCAUCGCCACAAUGUAGUCAAUAAAGAGAAUGAGCAGCACUUCCAGUGCGCCAAAGAGAAAGUGGUGGCCUCCCCUUCAGGGUUCGCAAAGAAAACCAACGGGUUGAAAACAAAGGAUAUGUCUUCAAUGGCGUGCGGUCCCGGGGUGGGUGUCGACAAAAGAGAGGUUGGGAAAAGAUUUAAAGAGAAAGGCAUCAACAGUACGUCUUUUCAGGGAGGUAACAUAGACAUCUCGUCCAGCGUAGGGACACAAACGGAGCAGGCCGAACAGAGGAAGCUAAAAGACUAUGCCGCCGCUCAUGCAAAAUACGCCGAGAGAGAGAGGCACUCGUGCAAACACUCGGAAGAGGACUCUGAGAUCAUCAGCGAUGACAUCAGUGACAUAUUCCGCUUCCUUGACGACAUGAGCGUGUGCGACUCGCUGGGCGUCAUCCAAUCAUCGUGCUACAACAGCAUCGGAUCUCUCUCUCAGGUGACCAUGAAGUCUGACGGUGACAGCUCACCCGAAUGCAACACGGUCAAACUGGCCAAGUCCAAGCUGGACUGCCUCUUUCACUCCCUAGAGAACACGGACGACGAGCUCAAAUCGAGCGUCUGCAAGCUUGUAAUGAGGAUAGGUGAGAUCGAGAAGAAGCUGGAGUCUCUGUCCGGAGUCCGAGGGGAGAUCUCGCAGGUGCUCUCCAAGCUCACCAAACUCGACGAGAAGAUUCAGGAACCCGAAACCAACGGGAGACCAGGCGAAAACGCUUUAGCCACCACUUCCACCCCAGAUCACCUUCACCCUGACCCCAACCUCUCGCCCCAUGUCUUUCAGUGCCACACGACAGGCCACAACAUCAAAGUGGACAACGGAUCAGUGGAGUGGGGCUGCUCAGACAGUGAGAGUCUGAGGGUCAAGGCAAUUAAGAAAAGUAUGUUCACGCGGAGGUCGUCACGCUCACUCAAUGAGGAGAACAGCGCCACGGAGUCAAAGGUGGCGAGCAUCACCAACUCACCACGGGACUGGAGGACGGUGUCGUAUACCUCGCACCAUGGGGACGAGGGCAAAGACAAGGACAGAGACAGAGACCGAGACCGAGAAAGGGACACCAAGGACAGACACAGGAAAGCCAAAGAGUCAGAGCGGGAGCGCCAGUAUGAGAUCGCCCCCCAGGUCCACCGCUCCUCAAAGCCCCCCAAGGACUCCUACCUGGUGGAGCAGGUGUUCUCACCGCACCCCUUCCCCCCCUCCGUCAAGUCCCACAUGAAGGGCAGCCCCCUGUACACGGACCUCAGGCUCACAGGCCUGUCGGGUGACGGCAAACGGGGUCAGCCCUCCUGGACCAUCGAGGAGUACAAGCGCAAUGCGGGUGGCGAGAAAGGCAAGCAGCUUACCGCCCUGAACCUGCAGACGCAGGAGUCAUUGAACCCCAAUAACCUGGAGUACUGGAUGGAGGAUAUCUACACGCCGGGUUACGAUUCGCUGCUGAAGAGGAAGGAAGCGGAGUUUCGGAGAGCCAAGGUGUGCAAGAUUGGAGCGCUGAUUGCCGCAGCCGCCUGCACUGUGAUCCUGGUCAUCGUUGUGCCCAUAUGCACUAUGAAGUCAUGAAGUGCUCCAAGUCGUGCUCUACGAAGUGCUCAAAGUCGCACACUUUCCCUCUGCCCCUGUUUAUUAUGGCUAAUUGUGAAAGGACUGAAUACGUGUGAGCAAUAUGGUAUCAGUCCAAUUACAGGAGCAGCCCUCUGAUUGGCUAUGUGGACGUUUGAAGAGUGAGGUACAUGUAUUGUUUAAUGUGAAUCUGGCCUAUGUUCGUGGUAUUGGAAUGAAGUCUAUGUUCUUUUCUACAUGAUUUAGUUGUUAUGCCACGGGAUAGAGCAUUGGUAUUAGGCAAUCGUCAGUACACAUUCAUAAUGACUUUGUUCAGAGGGGAAUGUUGCAAGUUUGAUCUUUUCUAUUUAUUUUUGCCUAUAUUUACUUAUUGACAUUUAUGUAUUUAUGAUCAAAGACAGACGGUAUGCAACGGGAAUGUACACAAUGUCUACAGUAUAUCUUUUACAUUUAAAUUUAUAUUGUAUUGGUGUACGAUGUUCCAGAAUAUUACGAGUACAAUAUUUAUUUCACUUUUUCUCUUUGUUAAAGGGGCAAUCUGCAAUUCAAAGAAAAACAACAAAGCGGCUACCCAGCCAAUGUUUUUGUUAACUGAAACAGAUUAUCUGUACAGUAUACUGUCGACAGCUGAGUUUGUUUUUGUUUACUGAAACAGAUUAUCUGUAAAGUAUACUGUCGACAGCUGAGUUUGUUUUUGUUUACUGAAACAGAUUAUCUGUACAGUAUACGGUCGACAGCUGAGUUUGUUUUUGUUAACUGAAACAGAUUAUCUGUACAGUAUACGGUCGACAGCUGAGUUUGUUUUUGUUUACUGAAACAGAUUAUCUGUACAGUAUACUGUCGACAGCUGAGUUUGUUUUUGUUAACUGAAACAGAUUAUCUGUAAAGUAUACUGUCGACAGCUGAGUUUGUUUUUGUUAACUGAAACAGAUUAUCUGUACAGUAUACUGUCGACAGCUGAGUUUGUUUUUGUUUACUGAAACAGAUUAUCUGUAAAGUAUACUGUCGACAGCUGAGUUUGUUUUUGUUUACUGAAACAGAUUAUCUGUACAGUAUACUGUCGACAGCUGAGUUUGUUUUUGUUUACUGAAACAGAUUAUCUGUACAGUAUACGGUCGACAGCUGAGUUUGUUUUUGUUUACUGAAACAGAUUAUCUGUACAGUAUACUGUCGACAGCUGAGUUUGUUUUUGUUUACUGAAACAGAUUAUCUGUACAGUAUACUGUCGACAGCUGAGUUUGUUUUUGUUAACUGAAACAGAUUAUCUGUAAAGUAUACUGUCGACAGCUGAGUUUGUUUUUGUUUACUGAAACAGAUUAUCUGUAAAGUAUACUGUCGACAGCUGAGUUUGUUUUUGUUUACUGAAACAGAUUAUCUGUACAGUAUACUGUCGACAGCUGAGUUUGUUUUUGUUUACUGAAACAGAUUAUCUGUAAAGUAUACUGUCGACAGCUGAGUUUGUUUUUGUUAACCGAAACAGAUUAUCUGUACAGUAUACGGUCGACAGCUGAGUUUGUUUUUGUUAACCGAAACAGAUUAUCUGUAAAGUAUACUGUCGACAGCUGAGUUUGUUUUUGUUUACUGAAACAGAUUAUCUGUAAAGUAUACUGUCGACAGCUGAGUUUGUUUUUGUUUACUGAAACAGAAUAUCUGUACAGUAUACUGUCGACAGCUGAGUUUGUUUUUGUUUACUGAAACAGAUUAUCUGUACAGUAUACUGUCGACAGCUGAGUUUGUUUUUGUUUACUGAAACAGAUUAUCUGUACAGUAUACUGUCAACAGCUGAGUUUGUUUUUGUUUACUGAAACAGAUUAUCUGUACAGUAUACUGUCGACAGCUGAGUUUGUUUUUGUUAACUGAAACAGAUUAUCUGUACAGUAUACGGUCGACAGCUGAGUUUGUUUUUGUUAACUGAAACAGAUUAUCUGUACAGUAUACUGUCGACAGCUGAGUUUGUUUUUGUUUACUGAAACAGAUUAUCUGUACAGUAUACGGUCGACAGCUGAGUUUGUUUUUGUUUACUGAAACAGAUUAUCUGUACAGUAUACGGUCGACAGCUGGAUUUGUUUUUGUAGACAGCGUCUGAUAUUUUAUUUUAGUAUAAUUGCUGUAUAAUGUAUUUUAAUGAGAGUUAUUUUUUGAUGAAUUAUCUGGUAGAAUGUGAUGAGGUGCACCAGAUAUUAUUUAUCUUUAUCUAUAAUAAUAAUAAUAACCAGAGUUUUAAUUCAUGGGAUUUUGUGUAAUGCCUUUUCUAAAUAGACAUACAGUAUAUUGAAGUACUGUAGUUGAAAUAGACGAAUAACAGACAGUACAUACAGUAGAUUGUAAAAACAAUAUAAAACACUACAGAGCUAACCUGAAUGUAUUGAAAGUAGCAUUACUCACAGAGAGGGCAAAACACACAUAUCAUUUUUCAUUGUCUCUUGAGCAGAAUUGAGUUGAAUGUUGCACUCCUUUCCUUGCUUUAGAUAGUUUAACUACUAGCCAAAAGCACAUAGCUGCAGUAGGGAGCUCUGAAGUAGGGAGUUAUUCUUUGCCUUGUGAGAGUGUUUUAUACAGUAAAUACUUGACGUUUCUACUGUUGACUAACUGAGCAGCUCUGGGAGAGACACUUGUAUUAGUUCAGUCAGCGGUAUCGACUGCACCAAUCUCCCAGGCUGUCAGAAACACUAACACUUGCAGAAGCUUCUUAUGAAGUGCUGUGUCACCUUGUAAAUAUUCAUUGCACCUUCUAUAGAGCAUUAUGACAUGUUGUAUUAAUUAAGCAAUACGACACAAUAGGUUAUGAUGUAUCGUGGCUGUAUGACAUCUUAAUAGCCCCAUGCCUCGUUGCUUUACCUUACAGUUUCCUAACGGUCCAUGACUGCAUUCCAAUGUGGUUUGAAUGUGCUAUGAAUGUUUAUAAGGCAUUGUAACACUUUGUAAGAAUCUGAUUCAAGUAAAGAUACAGUCCCUCCACUCAAGCCCUGCCUACCCAUCUAGUCUCCUAAGAGGCCUUAGAACCACUGAAUGCAAACUACCUGCCGUUAAGGUUGUGUCCCAAUAGUUUUGAAGAACGUCCUUGUCUCAUCAUCAACUGUAGCGGUGGUGAUGAAAGGAAGGAGAUGAAUAGGGGAAGCUAUUUCAUAGUUCUGAGACACAACGUGAGAUUCACAUCUCCACUCAUGAACCUGAGCUCAGAGACAGUAGGCAAACCAAGAUGGCCGAUCACACACACGUCACCCAGUAAACCAGGGGAUGCUCUACUCCAGUCCUCCUUGGUUUCCCUCUCAAGUUAGUUCAUUUAGGCCGUGUUCAAGGCUGACUACAUUGCAGACUCCUGGCAGAUAUCAAAACGCCUGGAUAGAUGUUUAAGAUAUCAGCUAACCACAUCCUAUGAUAUAGCAAUCUGAUGCCUGACUGCAGUCGAUGACGUGGCAAGCAACCGUUGGUUGAUGCAAUGCAACGUCUGCAAUGUAGUUGGCUUGGAACACAACCUUUAUGCUAGUGAUUUAUUUGCCACUUCAGGUGUUCCUGGCACAACUGGGAGAGAACGUUGUCAUACUACAAAAAUUAACAUGAGGAAGUACGCACUUCAGGUUGUAAACAUUAGAAUUUCUCUUGUUUGAUAUAAGCGUUCAAAAGUAGACACAAUAACCUGAUAAUGAAGCACUGGACCACUCAGUUUGAUGUCAGGUUUGCCCGUUAGGAGAGGACUGGAGUUGAGCCCCCCACCUAAUGGGUGAAGGGUGAAGUUACUGCAGGUUGACGUUUAUUGUCAUGAGUCUUGUCCUGGAGGCAGAAUUGAGCGAAUCCUCCUUAGAUAGGUCAGAUGCGAAGUCAAAAUUGGCUAUAUUGUAAAAAUGUUAUUUAAGGUUGGGUUAGGCAUUAGGGUUAGCAGUGUGGUUAACGUUAGGGUUAGGUUUAAAAUCAGAUUUUAUUACUUUGUGGCUGCACCCUCUAGUGACCACUCUGCAGAGCUGCCUCCAGAACAAGAUUCUGGAUGAAAAACGCUGACCUACGAAGAUGCCUCUAGAUGCUGAUCUUGGGUCACUUUAGCAUUUUCCUCACCGAUGGAUUGGGGAGGGGAAUCUGAUCCUAGAUCUGUACCUAGGGGAAACUUCUCCCCUGAGCGGUGUAAUGAUUACCCAGUGGAUUUGCCUUCAACACAGGAACUGUGAGCCGCAGCACACUGUAGUAGUCUGUAAAUAGUUAGAUGCACACAUCAUGGCAACAGGUGUAAACUGGAAUAUACCACAAUAAAAGACAACUGUUCUGAC